AUGUCGGCAACACGAACAUUGGCCACUGGGCUGCGUGCGCUCACGCUCUCUUCGACAGGCGCAUCCACAUCCGCCGCUUCAUCGGUCGCCGUGCGCCAUGCGUCCACCUCGUCCUCGGGAGCAUCGUCGUACGAGCGCUCGCGUGUUCCACGUCUGCCGCCGGUGGCGCCGCUGCCGUCGCGGCUCAAGCCCACCUCGCCCGCCUACUUCACCGGCCGCCCGGCGUAUAUCGACACGCUGCUCGAGCUCGAGGAGCUCACACGCCAGACAAAGCGCGCGCUCGAGCAGGCGCACCUCAUUGCGCCCAACGCCGCCCCACCCUCGCUGGCAUCGACGGGCGCCUCGGCGUCGCGCGCCAACCUGUGGGUGAGCACAGAGCAGCUCCAGCUUGUACUCAACACCAACCUCAAGGCCGCACAGUACCGUCAGAUCGUCUCGCGCCUCAGCCUGCUUGCGCGCUACGCCUCGCUCGUCACGCAGCUCGAGUCGCGUCCCGAAUUGCACCACGUUCUGGGCGGCGACAAUGUCAUCCAGCGAUUCCACACGACGCUCGAGCGAUUCAUGAACGAGAACGCCAAGACAAACAACCUGCUUGCCGAGAAGGAUGCGGACCGCGCGCUGUGGACGGCGUCGGAGCGCAAGGUGGACCGUCAAGGUCGCGCCUACUCGCGCGGACGGCGCAAGGAGAGCUCGGCACAGGCAUGGCUCAUCCGUGCCAAGCCCGACACGCUCGGCCAGAUCCUCGUCAACAACAUGCCCAUUGCCGACUACUUUACGCGCACCGCCGAGCGCGAAACCGUCACAUGGCCACUCAAACUCACCUCGACACUGGGAACGUACAAUGUGUUUGCGCUCGCACGCGGUGGCGGCAAGAGCGGCCAAGCGGGGGCAAUUGCCCAUGCCGUCGCGAAUGCCAUCGUCGCCGAAACCGCACACGGCCUCGAGUUCGACCAAGGCAUCAAGCUCAAGAAGUACGCAAGGGACGUGCUCGCCAAGGACGGCGUGCUCAAGAGAGACCCCAGGAUGGUCGAGCGAAAGAAGACCGGCCUCGCAAAGGCGAGAAAGGCGUUUACCUGGGUCAAGCGUUAG